GCCUCUGCUCCGAGCCUGCCUCCGGGCGAGGCCCAGGACGGCAAGGCCGAAGAAGCCGAUGAGGACUCGCCCCUGGGAGCUGGUGCGGUUCACGUUUCUGCAUCAGGAGCUUUGCUGAACUUCUUCGACACCUCGGAGGAUGCCGCCGCUCUCGAAGCAAAGCGCCAACGCGUGGCGCGGCAGAUCGAGCGACGACGACAG